CUAUUAUCUAAAAUGAUGACAUCUGGCAAGUUUUUGAGGAUGGUGCUAGUCACUUCUUCCCCUUGAUCUUGUCAACAGACAAACACAGUUAUGGAGAAAAGCUUCAAAAAAUCAAUCUUAAAUGGAAAUCUGAAAGCACUGGAGUCUUAACUAUCUCCGACUCCAAUUGGUAAUCCGUUCGCCAUGAGAGCUCAAGAGCUUCAGUUUUGCUUGUUCUAAUAAUAAGAUGAAAUCUUCUGUUUUCUCUACCAUCUCUUUGGCUGUCUUCUUGUUUCUCUUCCUCCUCUCAGUCAGUUCCCUCUGCAAUCUCUUCCUCCGCUCUGCUGCUUCAAUAACAAAACUAGACCCCCAAGUUUUCCCACCUCCCCAGAAUGACCAUCAUCGGACAUUCAAAUCAGUUUCUUCACCUUUACCCCUGCUCUCUGUGAAAGAAGAGGCCAAUGAGAGCUACCAUAUUGACGACGACCUAAGAAAUUCUGUAAUUUCUCCUAGCAAAAUUACUGUCACUGUCACGAAGGAGAAGAAACAAAGGGCAGCAUUUUUCAGGAGGACACUGCAGGGAUUUAACAUACUACCUUCAACUGGAUUGACACUGCAAUUUGCUAGGCGGGUUCGGGARUUCUUUGACAGUGGUGGUGGGUGCGAGGUGCAGUUCUUCAUGACAUGGAUUGCCCCAGCAAAAUCCUUCUCUCAGAGAGAAUUCUUUGCCUUGGAAAGCCUGUUCAAAGCUCAUCCUCAUGGAUGCUUGUUGAUUCUAUCUGGAUCUAUGGAUUCCAGACAUGGAACCCACAUUCUUAAACCGCUUCAGGAUCGUGGGUACAGAGUUGUUGCUGUGACACCAGAUUUGCCUUACCUGUUCAAGAACACAUCGGCCAGAGCUUGGUUUGAUGAGAUGAAGAAGGGGACCCGGGAUCCUGGGAAGAUCCCAGUAGCUCAGAAUCUCUCCAAUCUUCUCAGGCUCGCAGUGUUGUAUAAGUAUGGGGGUGUUUACAUGGACACAGACUUCAUAGUCUUGAAGAAGCUUUCGGGAUUGAGGAACUCAAUCGGAGCACAGAGCAUCAACACAGAGAGAGGUAGCUGGAAUCGUCUGAACAAUGCCGUUCUCAUCUUUGAUAAGAAUCACCCGCUUCUGUUAAACUUCAUAGACGAAUUCUACCUCAAUUUCGAUGGAAACAAAUGGGGGCACAAUGGGCCUUACCUGGUUUCAAGGGUGGUUGAGAGGGUCGAAAGAAAUCCUGGUUACUGUAACUUCACAGUGCUGCCACCAGUGGCCUUCUAUCCGGUGGGCUGGAAUUGGAUAGCUGGGUUUUUCCGGCAGCCGCGGAAUCCAGAAAUGAGGCGAUGGGUAUCUGCAAAGCUACGUCAGUUAAGUGGGGAAGCUUACGGAAUUCACCUCUGGAACAGGCAGACUGGGAGACUAAGAAUUGAAGAAGGUAGCAUCAUAGGAAGACUAAUUUCUGAUCAUUGUGUUGUAUGUGAACAUAUUUACAGCACUUGAAUAAGUCAAGCUCCAUGCAUGACCUGGAUGGUAGCAAAUCUGCUUCAGCUCGGCGGAGGUAGAUUAACACGGGACCAUUCGUUGUCUUUCUCUAGUUGGAUUGCAGCGAAGCUGCACUGCAAGUAGUUCAGAUUUUACAGAUUUAACAUCUGGAGUAAUAGACAAAGCAGUGUAGUAGACAGAUCAAUCUCAGAGCAUUGUGUUCUCUGUAAAUGUGACAAAGUGCAUGACUAAGCUCCAUGGUUGGAACUUUGAUGGGCACGGGUUAUUUGGUUCAAUAAUCUUAAUCAACAAUAAUUGUAUUCUCUGUACAUGUAAAUAGUGAA